AUGGUCACCAAGGAGUUUCUCGACUCGGACAGAGUCAACUUUCUCAUCUGGAGGUACCUCUUGGAAGGCAAUUAUCGUGAAACCGCCGCCAAGUUCCAAAAAGAAUGGCACGUUCGCGAACCUCACCGCGACCUCGAGUUCGCGCCCCACGUCAAGGGCCACGCUCUUGUCUCCGUCGUCAAUCGCGGCCUGCUCUACAAUGCCCUCGAGCGCGAGCAGGCACGCAAAGGCAUGCCCAUCGGUGUCACCACUGAGCCCGAGGCCAUAAAGAACGGCAUCUUUGGGCCUCUAGAUUCGCCCCUCAGAGCUAAAAAGGAAUACGACCAAGAGUCUGCCGCCGUCGCCCUCGAGGCCGCCCGCAAGCGCUCCCUUCCAAACAUCACAAACGCCAACGGCUCAUCACCAAAGCGCGCACGUCUCAGCAAUGGCUACGACAACGGCACAGAGUCCGCCCCCGGCUCCGCCACCCCCAUGGAUGUCGACCACUCGGACAACCACGCCUAUCCCUCGCCUCUUGACGGCGACCAGGCGCCUCAGCCCGUCUCCCGCACCGAUGGCCCCGAACAGGGCACCCAGGUCGAAAAAGUCGAGGAGCUCACCCCCAACACCACCUUUAUCCGCCUCGCCGACGACGCCACCCAUCCCGAGGCUACCACAGCUGCCGCUUCAGCCUCUACCUCUCCUGCGACCACGGAGAAUGCGCCUAUCCUGCUGCAGUGCGAGUGGAACCCCAAAGACCCAUCCGCAUUGGCAGCUACGGGCACCGAUGCGCUAGCCCGAGUCUGGACAGUCUCGCGUACCACUACACCCGGCCAGUCCCAGGAUCACGUGUCGCAUGCUCAUAACCUCAUCAGUCCCGAUACCCCCAGGACAACCACAGUCACCGCCCUUGCCUGGACCUCGGACGGCUCUGCCAUUGCCGUCGCCGCCGACUUGGGCUCUCAGGCUGCCGUCAACAUCUGGUCAGCCGAGGGCAUCCACGUCCAGUCCAUGGAGGUUCCUGAACCGCCCGUCGUCAAGCUGCUAUGGAACCCCUCCAACACAUGCCUGCUUGCCAUAUCACCAGAAAAGGGCGGCGCCGUUGUAACUGUCUACUCAUCGAAAACAGGCAUCUCGCUCUCGCAUCAUCUCCCUAAUCAGGACAUUGGCGCCACACCCCUCGACGCGACAUGGUAUAGCGACUCGGACAUUUUACUCUGCGGCGGCGACUUGCUCGCAUGCCUGCAUUGCGCCGAUUCCUCGAUCGUGCAAGUGCGCAAGUUUGAGACAAAGGAUGACGACAGCUUCUCCCAAGUAUUGUUUGACCGGCGGUCGAGAUUGGCCGCCACAUCCAGCGACAAGGGAGUCCUCGAUCUCUGGGAUGAAUCUGGUCAACGAAGAUCUAUAUCCGCACACCAAGGCGCCAUCACUACCAUGGAGUGGCAGCCCCUUCCCGCAUCACACCCCGUACCGGACGACGUGCGACUGAUUGCCACCGGCGGCGACGACUGUGCUAUAUUAAUAUGGAAUGCCCGCAAACCGGAGAGCAAAGCCGAGUGCUUUCUCACCAUGGACUCUCCCAUUGUUCGUCUGGCCUUCACGCCCGAUGGAGCUUUUAUCGCCGGCGCCACCUCGAGCCAGGUCCUCAUCUGGAAGGUGGGCAGCGCCAGCAUGCCCCGCGCGUGUUGGAACAGGCCACCGCAUCCUGGCUGGCUCAGCCCCAAGGAGACUGACGAGGAGGAUGAGCACUGCCUGUGCUGGGACAUGACGGGCCAAAAGCUGGCCUAUGGAUCAAAUAGCCGGCUCGCUGUUAUAAACUUUCGAAGAUGA